UUCCUAGCCAAGCAAUGUCUGCGCUCUCGCCGAAGUCUUAGCGUGCGGAGUUCUGCCCUUUCUCCGACGCUUGGCAUGGCGAGCCGAAGGGCCCGGCAGCGCCUCAAAGGCGGCGGCGGCGGCGGCGGGGACACAGGCCCGGCGGCGGAGAAGCUGCGGGAGCUGCUGGGCAGCCGGGAGGCGGGCGGCGCGGAACAGCGGCCGGAGUCUGGAAAUAAAGCUGGGCAAGUCUGGGCUCCUGAAGGAUCCACUGCUUUCAAGUGUCUGCUCUCAGCAAGAUUGUGUGCCGCUCUCCUCAGCAACAUCUCUGACUGUGAUGAAACAUUCAACUACUGGGAACCAACACACUACCUCAUCUAUGGGAAGGGAUUUCAGACGUGGGAGUAUUCCCCAGUGUACGCCAUUCGCUCGUAUGCUUACCUGUUGCUGCAUGCCUGGCCAGCUGCAUUUCAUGCACGGAUUCUGCAGACUAAUAAGAUUCUUGUCUUCUACUUUUUGAGAUGUCUCCUGGCUUUUGUGAGCUGUAUUUGUGAACUUUACUUUUAUAAGGCUGUGUGCAAGAAAUUUGGGCUGCAUGUGAGUCGAAUGAUGCUGGCCUUCUUGGUGCUCAGCACCGGCAUGUUUUGUUCAUCGUCCGCAUUCCUUCCUAGCAGCUUCUGCAUGUACACUACAUUGAUCGCCAUGACCGGAUGGUAUAUGGACAAGACACCCAUUGCUGUGCUGGGAGUAGCAGCCGGGGCUAUUGUAGGGUGGCCAUUUAGUGCAGCCCUUGGUUUACCCAUCGCCUUUGACUCGCUGGCCCUGAAACACAGGUGGAAGAGUUUCUUUCACUGGUCGCUGGUGGCGCUAGUUCUCUUCCUGGUGCCCGUGGUGGUCAUUGACAGCUACUAUUAUGGGAAGUUGGUGGUUGCUCCUCUCAACAUUGUUCUGUAUAAUGUGUUCACUUCUCAUGGACCUGAUCUUUAUGGUACAGAACCAUGGUAUUUCUAUUUAAUCAAUGGAUUUCUGAAUUUCAACGUUGCUUUUGCAUUGGCUCUUCUGGUCUUGCCACUGACUUUUCUUAUGGAGUACCUGCUGCAGAGGUUCCAUGUUCAGAAUUUAGGACAUCCAUAUUGGCUUACCUUGGCACCAAUGUAUAUUUGGUUUCUAAUUUUCUUCAUCCAACCUCACAAAGAGGAACGAUUUCUUUUCCCAGUAUAUCCACUUAUAUGUCUUUGUGGCGCUGUUGCUCUUUCUGCACUUCAGAAAUGUUACCACUUUGUGUUUCAACGAUAUCGCCUGGAACAUUACACUGUGACGUCCAGCUGGCUUGCAUUAGGAACAGUCUUCCUGUUUGGGCUCUUGUCUUUCUCUCGCUCUGUGGCUCUGUUCAGAGGAUAUCAUGGGCCCCUUGAUCUGUAUCCAGAAUUUUACCGAAUUGCCACAGACCCAACCAUCCACACUGUCCCAGAAGGCAGGCCUGUGAAUGUUUGUGUGGGAAAAGAAUGGUAUCGAUUUCCCAGUAGCUUCCUUCUGCCUGAUAACUGGCAACUUCAGUUCAUUCCAUCAGAGUUCAGAGGUCAGCUACCAAAGCCUUUUGCAGAGGGACCACUGGCCACUCGGAUUGUUCCUGCUCACAUGAAUGACCAGAACCGAGAGGAGCCUUCCAGAUACAUUGACAUCAGCAAAUGCCAUUACUUAGUGGACUUGGAUACCAUGAGAGAGACACCCUGGGAGCCAAACUAUUCAUCCAACAAAGAAGAGUGGAUCAGUCUGGCCCAUAGACCAUUCCUGGACGCAUCUAGGUCUUCAAAGCUAUUUCGGGCAUUCUAUGUCCCCUUCCUGUCGGAUCAGUAUACGGUGUAUGUGAACUACACCAUCCUUAAGCCUCGGAAAGCAAAGCAAAGCAGGAAGAAAAGUGGAGGUUAGCAACAGCCCAGUGGCUCCAGCGGACAGCCAUCACGUUAACUAGUGGUUCCACUGAGCUGUAACGCUCGUAAUAAAGGUCACCUGACAAGAAUGCCAGAUUCCGGGUGCUCUGAACUCAUCACGUCUGGCAGAGUCACACACUUCCUGCCCCUGUGUGUUCUGCAUGUGAGCUUUCCGCAGAUAGGCAGAGUCCCGGGCGCCUAGGGAGAUGCAUUGCUCCACUUGUCAAUUGUUAUUUUCUAGAGUGGAGGAGAGCAGAAGCCGCUCCCAGAAGAGCUGAGAGCCCCUGACUGGGUGUGUGUGCUAGCAGUUCUGCACACUCUGGCCUGGCGUCUGGGAACUAGCAAGCCUUCUUUAGGGUACCUGGUUUCUCCACCAAAGCUGUUUGGCAGCUCCUAGCAGACCUUGUUCAAAUCCAAGUGCAAGCACAGCCUAGUUGCCAAGUUACAUGUCCUUUCACCUCCAGCAAGACGCAUUCGCAGGACUGCAACCCUGGCCUGGGAGCUCAGGAAAAAGGCGACCACUGAAGAACUGUGACCUAAUCUUAUUAUUUAUGAUGCCUCUAAUUUUCAUUUUAUUUGCUUUAAAAUCAAUAAUAAUCAUAUGGCUAUUUGUGAAGGGUUUUAAGAUUUUAAAAAAAGUUUCAGCAUGAUA